GUGGAAGAAAGUGGGAAACGAGAGCAAUUCAGGUUUAACCAUUCUGUGGAAGCCAGAUUUGAUUCAGCCAUCUUCGCCACUGAGAAAAAGAAGCUGGAUAAGGCAAAAAAAGAGCUGGAAGAGGGUAAGAAGCUUUUGUCUGAACGUCAAAAAUUGAUUAAGUUGGCCGAUCGAUCCGAGUGUGGUUGGACCACGGUUUCCGAUUACGUUACUGACGACUUGGAGGAUACUCCCGAGGACAAACGUCGUUUUUCUAAAGCUGAAAAUUCGGCAAACAAGGCCCUUGACUCUAAAAGAGAGAAAUCGCGGGUUAAAUCGGGUUCUGCUAAUUACAAAUUUUUCUCAUGCUUCUAAUUCACGCCUCGGCGCUGACGACGCUAGCUGUCAAGUUCCCUUUCAGUUUCGAGAAGCCGCAUUUCGGCUCAGUUCAGGAGAGGAGCCUGCUUCCCUUAUGGAUCGGAAGGACACUGGAGAAACAGCUGCCCCAAUCUCAUUUCUUCAGGAAGAUCAGAAAAGCCAACCACGUGAAGCCUUUAAUUUUGAAAAUUUUUCAGAUUCUUGUUUGUUUAAAGUUGGCUCCCUCAGGGAACACGUUGAUUUUUGGUCCAAUUCCAUUCCGGCCUCGGAUUUUAUCAUUAACACUAUUGUUGAAGGCUAA